AUGAUCCCUUUGCUCAACACAAACAUCUGUGACAAGGAGUGUGAAGCUGAACUGAGAGCCUCUGUUCUGGCUCAAAGAGCAGGGUCGGCGGCCUGGAGGCGCCCGGGCAGCGCUCGGCGAUGCCGCAGGUGCCGUUUUCCGGGCAGCGGCCCGGCCCGGCCGGCACGGCGGCAGUUGGAGCCUCGGGGCGCUUCCGCCCGGGCUGGGCCCUUCCAGGUUCCAUCCGCGCUCGGGCGGGGGCGGCCGGUGCCGGCGGCCGCGAUGGGGCCGCUGCCGGGGCUCCUGCUGCUGCUGCUGGGCGUGGCGGGGUGCCCCGGGGCCCGGGGGGCCCGGCCCGCGGAGCCGCGCGCCGCCUGGGUGACGGUGCCGCGGCAGCUGAGCCCCCGGGCCGGCGACGACGCCUCGGCCCUUUCCUACUGGCUGAACGUGGCCGGGCGGCCGCGGGUGCUGCGCUUGCAGCCCAGGAGGGGCCUGGUCUCCCGCCCCUUCACCCUGGUCACCUACGGCCGGGACGGGGCCCGCCGGGAGGAGCACCCUUUCGUGCGGGACAACUGCUUCUACCAGGGCGACGUGGUGGGGAGCCCCGGCUCCCUUGUGGCCCUCAGCACCUGCGGCUGGGGCCUCCACGGCGUGCUCUGGGUGGAGGAUGAUACCUACCAGAUCGAGCCCGUCCCCAAUGAUCCGGCCUUUCGGCACAUUCUCUACCGCAUGGAGGAAGACAACAGCCCCGAGGGAACCAGCUGCGGACUGACGCCGGAGGUGCUGCAGCAACAAAAGGCUGUGCUGCCGUGGUUCAAGGCUCCCAAGUCAGCGGGGGAGAACGAAAAGCUGAGGGAAUGGUGGACGCACAUCAGGUAUGUGAAGAUGGCAGCGGUCGUGGACCACGUGCGGUUUGUAAAGUCAGGCAGGAGCGAAUCCCAAGUCUUGAAGCUCAUCAUGCAACUAAUGAAUGCUGCGGACAUUUUGUUCAAACAGCUUUCUGUCCGGCUGUUUCUUGUGGGGCUGGAGAUCUGGACUGAAAAGAACUUCAUAAAUAUUACUAACUCUAUUCCCCAGGUACUUAGUGCUUUUAACGGCUGGAGAAAGUCAAACCUGGCACCUCGGAUGAACCACGAUGUUGCUCACUUAUUUGCAUAUCAGUGGUUUGGAAGCAGCCUGGGAUUGGCAUAUAUAGGGACAGUGUGUGACAGCCACUGGAAAGCGGCUGUUAUUUCCUUCACUGACAAAAAGUUGUCUUCAGUUGUUGUCACAUUUUCCCAUGAGCUGGGCCAUAAUCUUGGGAUGGUCCAUGAUAAACCGGGCUGUAAUUGCAAACGCAAGACGUGCAUUAUGCAUGAACACAACAGUGAAACGGAUUCGUUCAGUGACUGCAGUUACAAAGAGUACUUUGAGCUGGUUGUAAAUGGUGCUCCGUGCCUUCGUCAGCCACCAGCACCUGGCACUUUCUACACCGGGAUAAGUGAAUUCUGUGGGAAUAAGAUAGUAGAAAGCGGAGAGCAAUGUGACUGUGGUUCAGCAGCCAGCUGCCGAAGGGAUCCUUGUUGCCGCGCAAACUGUACAUUUACUGCAGGUUCAGACUGUGCAUCUGGAAAAUGCUGCAAGAACUGUAAGGUGCUUCCAGCAGGAACAGUCUGCAGAGCAAGUACUGGCAGCUGUGACCUGCCAGAGUAUUGCAAUGGGAUUUCCCCUCAGUGCCCACUGGAUGUAUACCUACAAGAUGGAACUCCUUGCAAUGAUGGUGUUUAUUGCUAUCAAGGAAAAUGUUCUUCCCACAAUGAAAAGUGCCAGCGUCUCUUUGGCAAACAAGCCAAGGUUGCCCCUUUAGAUUGCUUCAAAGCAGUGAAUACUCAAGGUGACCGGUUUGGGAAUUGUGGUAUUCGUGACAAUAUCUAUUUUGCAAAAUGCAGUGCUAAGAAUGUCUUAUGUGGUAGGAUUCAGUGUGAAAACAUAGUCAUAAUACCUUUCUUGCAGAACCAUGUAACUCUAGUCCAAACUCCUGUUCGAGAUAAACAUUGCUGGGGACUCGACUAUCACGUAGGGAUCCCAACGGCAGAUGUGGGAGCUGUGGAAGAUGGCACACCAUGUGGUAGUGAUAUGCUUUGUAUCAACAGGACGUGUAUGAGUGUAUCAGUGCUGAACUACGACUGCAACAUGACAAAGUGUCAUGACAGAGGAGUGUGUAACAAUCUCAAGAACUGUCACUGUGAGUAUGGCUGGGCUCCUCCAUAUUGUGAAACGGAAGGAUAUGGAGGUAGUGUUGACAGUGGACCCCCUCCACCCAGGAAGACUGAGAGACUAAUAGUAAGACUAGUGCUAUUUGGGUUUUUUGCUAUGUUUAUCAUUGGAGUAGCCCUUUCCAUCUGUUAUAGGCAGAAAGUAGAGGGAUGGCUUGCGAAGAUAAAAGCCCAAUUCCAUAAGGCUUUUCAAAGACGGAAAAAAAAAGAAGUUCCUAAAGAAAACUCACCUGCUGGUGAGUUAAAAUCCACCAAAGAUAAAAAAGCAGUAAAUUGGGAUGCUAUUGAGGAAUUAUCCCUUGGUAACUCAUCAGAAUAAUUUAGCAGGUUCUGAACAGCCCUAAUCUCAUGUGAUAUCAUUAAAUGCAGAGUAAAUCUUAUCUCUGUAUAUUUUCUUUUAAAUUAAUAAAUGCAGGCAGUAAGACAUGCUGUUCUUUGUACCCUCAGCUCUUAAACUGAUGUAAUUAAGUAAACUGCAAGUAUUGUGUUUAUACUUCAUAUCAACAGUAUAAAAAUGCAAACUUCUUAAAACAGGAGUAGAUAGAUGACACAUGUGGUAGGAUUCAGUGUGAAAACAUAGUCAAAAUACCUUUCUUGCAGAACCAUGUUACCUAGUCCAAACUCCUGUUUGAGAUAAAAAUUGCUGGGGUCUCUACUAUCACAUAGGGAUGCCAAGAGCAGAUGUCAAACUAUUUGCUCCUCUACAUCCUACUCUACUUGCUUCAAUUUCCUUCUUCACCUAAUGUUUUCUUCAAUUCAGUGAGAGAGAUGUUUAUGAAUAUCUUUUGUCAUUGGUUAACAGCCAAAGAGAAAAAAUUGCACUUGCAGUCUCCGCUGGGUCCUUCCAGGCAAACCUGGAAGGUUCUGUGUCUCUGUGAUUUAAUUCACAUCUGUGACAUACAAACAGGUAAGGAACAGGUAUUGCAGUGAGAUACAGGUGUCUGUUUCACAAGUGCUUACAGCUGUGUACUUGGGAACAGCCAAGGGAGCAGCCCUUCAGGAUGGAAGUAGACCACAGGGAACAGGGUCUUCCUUUUGUGGAAGAGUAGAGAAGGCUUAUCCAGAUCACAACCAGUAAGCAUUGCAUUUCUGAACCAUAAAAUAUAUGCCAUCAGUAGUGACACCAAAUCUGGCAUUUUACAAGAACAAAUUGGUUUUAUUUCCUGGAAAUUUUCCAGUGUCUUGACUGCUGACUGCUUCUGAGAAGUGCUGUGUAUUUUAUAGUCUCUAAGAGGAGCUGUCUAUGGGGCUCCCCAAGUUAACUGAAUUUCUAAAGUAUUUGGAAUUAUUCUGCAAGUGUUCCCUACCUAGAAUACCUGCAAUAUUUGAUAGAUACUUUAUCUGACUAUCUCAGGGAAUUUCUUUUGACUUAUUCUUUGAUUCUUUCUUCAGCUAUAACAGAAUGUGUCCUUGCAGCUCUAUGGAGUGCUACACAGAAGCAUUGUCAUUUUAAUUUUUUUAACACAACAUAAAAUAUGUCCAACUUCUGAAAAAUAUUAGGAACAUGGAAAUACCAUUCAGUAAGUUUUAUUGUUAUUAUUUCUAUUACAGUAGUAACUAGACCGUUCUAUCAGAUCAGCAUGGAGAGGAGUCUGUAGUCCAGAUCACAGUUAAAACUUUUUUUUAAAGGUGUUUCAGGAUAAAGGGCUAUAAUGCACUUGUCUGCUAACAAAAGAAUUAUUUGUAUUUAGAAAAUAAAGAGCACACUUUUGGCAAACAUUCCGUAAAGGCAGGAUAAGUACCCCAACACUUGGGAACGUUCGGGAAGAAAGAUAUUGGUGACUCUACAAAUUAUUAUGGUCAACUCUUGCUGCAUCCCAAAUAUAUAUAUUUUUAGAAUAUGCAUUUUCCUGUAAUUUCUUAUGUGUAUUUUGUGGUGUCCUGUAUCCAAAAAGGGCCAAUUACAUUAUGAUGGGAUGUAAAAUACAAAGCAUGUGAUUCACACUUUUUCCCAGCUUUUUGUCUAGAGCAAAUGUAUCCUUAAAUAUUUAUCUAUGCUGUCUGCAGAAAUGAGGUAACACAUUGUUUGUGUAGGCUGUGCUUAUUGUCAUGAUAGAACAUGGAUGGUUUUGAUUAGAUGAUGAAAACUUGAUCCUGCAUUUAUGUCAAAAGGCAAGAUAACUGCACUUGACUAACACCACAUCUAUUCCUCAUAACCAGAGACCUCCUUUGGGGGUUGGGGGAGUAGGAGGGGUGUCCUCUGAGAAAUAACAAUUGUAAUUCAGGUAUUGCAAACAAAGGAUAGAAGACGGACAAGAGAUAUGUGAGUUAAUUGAAAGAUGGAGAUAAAAAGUAACAAAAGCACUACACCCAGCACCUUCCAACUACCUAUGCAAUCUAGCACCUAUUAAAACGUUUUUAUUUUGCUUUUUUAAUACAAAAAGAGUGGCAGAAGUUUCAGGUUGCCACCUUGAUUGCCUGCCAUUGUUGAUCAAUAGUAUACUAUAAAUUGCCAAGUAUAGAUCUAUGUUGAGACAGAGAAACACUGGAGUCAGGGAGUUCUUGUUUACAGAGCUGCACACUGAAGAGACAGAGGUGUAAAUGAAAGCACAGUUUAGCCCAGAAAGCUAACUUGCAAAUGCAGUUUUGGGAAAGAUAAAGUAAUAAAAUUCUGUAGUUUCUGUUUUUCUCUAUGCUUAAAGAUUGUUCUGCAAAACCAGGACUUAAUUGGGAGGAGGCUUUCAGUGAGCUUUGGAUAAGAGUAUUUCUGUAUACUUUUCUCCCAUUUCUUCUUGGGCCAUAUGAGCAAGACAUUAUCUCAACAAACCUAGUUUAUGUUUCAUAAAAUGUGUAAGCUCCCUUUCUGAGAUUUUCUCCUUGAAAAUAUUGUUGUUUCAGAUUUCAACACAGCAAUGAAAAACUUGAUGUUUCUGGUGGUUUGUUAGAAAUGUCCCACUACUCUGAAGGUGCUAUGAAGGUGCAGGUCUAAGUUCAGUCCUAAUCUUUCUGGUUUCCUUUUUUCCCCCCUCCUGGUUCUUACUGCAUUUUAAAAUGCUUUAAAUGGAUGCGAGAACUUGGUUAAUAUGUAAAUCACUUGUACAUGAAGAGGCAAUUUGCAAAUGUUGCUGCACUGUCUCCCAAGAAAUGUGGGUGUAGUACAUGCAAUGGUGCUGGAGGAAAUAAGAAGACACAACCUGGACUAGUGGAACCCCAUUGCAGGGGGGUUGGAUCUAGAUGAUCUUAAAUGUCCCUUCCAAACCACGGCAUUCUCUGAUUCUGUGAAAUGGUCUGUGCCAGUGCAGUAAGGGUAGUAAGGCUUAGGUAGCUGUUAAUAUGUGGCAGGCCAGUGAUAGGUGAUGCUUAGAACUGCCUAGGACUAAGUUACAAUAUACCCACGUUUCCUGUUUAAAAUCUCUUCCUGGCUAAAAAAAAACUUUUAGAAAACUUAACAUUGCAGUUAGAUCAAGAUAAAAUUGUUUUUGUUCUAGGCUGUCAUCUCUAAAAUACAUUAAAUUGCUGCUAAUAAACACUGUGUAUCUUGAAGAAGUUUGCCAAGUAUCUUGCAGCUGCUUGCUCACUCUCCUCCCACCCCUCC